GGUGGCAGAUGGUGGCGAAGUCGGAGCCGGGGAAGAGUUAUGAAUGGACCAGCAGGACUUGCGCAAUUGGGCCGUCGCGAGCGAGUUCUCAAGUUAGGCGAGAGUUUCGAGAAGCAUCCGCGCUACGCUUUCCACACUGUGCGCUAUGACUUCAAACCUGCUUCUAUUGACACUUCUUGUGAAGGCUAUCUGGAGGUUGGCAAAAGUGAACAAGUGACAAUAACCCUGCCAAAUAUAGAAGGUUCAACCACACCAGAAACUGUGUUUAAAGGUUCAAAGAAACCAUACUUAAAGGAAUGCAUUUUGAUUAUUAACCAUGAUACUGGAGAAUGUCGACUAGAAAAACUAAGCAGCAACAUCACUGUAAAAAAGACAAGGGUUGAAGGAAGCAGUAGAGUUCACCAUUCUGUGGACCAGCAGCAGCAACAACACAUGCGAAAUUCAAGUAGGGCUCCCAAUUUUGUAAAGCAUUCUCCAUCUGAAGACAAGAUGUCCCCAACAUCUCUAAUGGAUGAUAUUGAAAGAGAACUAAAGGCAGAAGCUAGUCUCAUGGACCAAAUGAGUAGCUGUGAUAGUUCAUCAGAUUCCACAAGUUCCUCGUCCUCAAGUAGUGAGGAUAGUUCCAGUGGGUCAGAGGAUGAAGAGGGCAGAUCUUCUAAUCCAGGGAAUUAUAUCUCAGAACAUCCUACCAUGUCUGCCAUACCACAGUACAGGACUUCUGAUACAGAUGCUGGUCAUAAUGGAUUUCAUGACAACAGUCGUCUUCUGAUGAAUACUUUGCGUAAUGAUUUGCAGCUGAGUGACUCAGGAAGUGAUAGUGAUGGCUGAAGAAAUAGUCACCUAUAAAUAUAACAUUUACAAGGCAUGUGUUUAUUUUGUAUUAAAUAAAAAUGCUUAAAAGUGAGGAAAAU